AUGUAUGGAGAUCAUGAACUCCACGAUUCAUAUUACCACCACACUUGCCUCAUCAUCCCCGAGCAAGAUGUGCUGGAGGCGGACAUCUCGGGGACCGGGUUCGCGAGUCGCAUCGCUCGCUGGUGGACCGACCUGUUCCUGCUGUCGUACACGUCGGGCAGGUCUACCGGCUUCUACAACAGCACGCAUGCCAUGAGGAUCGAGAGAUUCAAGCACUUCCGGAAAUACAAGAGUCGCAUCCAUCCGAUGAGCAAAUUCAGAAACUUUUGGGAUUGUCUGAUACUGCACGUGUUCAUCAUCAAUAAGAUUCUGUUCAGAUUCACGUCGACAUUCAUUUACGACGACUUAUCAAUCGGCCUGUUUUACCUCGGAGCUUUCCUUGAACUGAUCAUCAUAGUAGAUCUGUACGUCACCCUCAAAACUGGAUACAUAAACCACGAGACUAAGCGAGUGGUGUUAGACGCAGAACGGUGCCUCGUCAACUUCUGUAAAACGAAACUGUUCAUACAUUACGUGUCAGCCAUUCCUCUGCAUUGGUUCUUAUUAUUGAAGUACGGGUCGAAUGUAUCUUGCGGAUUGUGUAAAGCUAAUAAAUUCGUAAGUGUCUUAAAGAUUAUCAGCAUCUUCAGCCUUUACAGAGUGUGUGAAACAUCUUCGUACUGGAUUCAGAGAGGUCGCUUGACAAACAGGUCAUAUAUCUUCAAGUUCAUAAGGAUUGGGGCAAUCGGUAUAGUCACUCUAUGCCAGUUUUAUGACCUAAGUGACGUCGUUAUUUUAUGCGUGUUUAUGAACAAUGGCUUCGUCGAGAGAAACUCCAUGCUGGGCCUCAGAACAGCUUACAAGUAUAGUAAAAUGUUAGAUAAGCGGAUGCAUAACUUCGGGUUCGUAUUAUACGAUAUGAACAGGAUUUUUAAAGCUUUGAUUCUAUUUAGUCACGGAAUAAGAGAGAGAACUUAUUAUUUGGACAGACUCACUUCAUUGAUGGGAUACGUUCUUUCUAAUUUAUUUUAUUUUUGGACUUUAAUGGAGUGUUUGUAUUGGGUACACCGCCUUAUGUAUCCGAAAGAUUCAAUAAUGAGAUUGAAGACUAGAGCCAUGACGAUGAUAUCGUGUCGCCAGUUGUCUGAUGACUUAAGUUACAAAGUACUGCAGUAUCUGGACUUCAAACCAACAAAGUUCAAAGUUGUGGAAAAAACCAACGAGUUAUGGAAGACACUUCCGGAAGAAUUGAAGAAAGAAGCCAAGUUAUGUUGUUACUUGAGGACUAUAAUGCGAAUCCCUUUCUUCUGUGAUCUGUCGCUCCCUUUACUUGAACAGAUCACCAUGUUGCUGGAAGAGAAAAUAUUUUUACGUAAUGAUAUCGUCGCAGAGGCGCUGGAACAAGCCGAGGGCCUGAUGAUCAUAGACAACGGCGUCCUGGCGGUCUACUCCGAGACUCAGAAGGAGCAAGGACACCUUAUCGACGGCGAUCACUUCGGGGGACUGUCCUUGGUUACCGACAAAGAACUCUGCAUGUCCUUGGUUGUCGCUAUAACUGCUUCUAAAAUUCUACUGCUACAAAAGAACCAAUUUCGCAUGCUGAUGAGGGAUCACCCGCAGCAGUUCUCCCAAAUCAAAGCAUUGUUAAAGAAGACAUACAGCAACAGGACGGAAAACCUCAUCACUUCACGACGCGCGUCCGAUCUCAGCGAUCUGCCUGCCGAGAGAUACCCACACCCAUCGCUGCGGAAACUUUUGCAAAAUACUGACUCUUGAAGCUUCCAUCUUUUAAUAUACGAACAUGUAUUGUAUUCACAUUGUCACCAAACA